CGCCUGCGCACGAGAGGGGGCAACAAAGACUCCGUCGCCAUGGCGACAGCGGCCGCGGCCGCCAUGAUCCCGCCGCCGGACUCGCUGCUGCGGUACAACCCGCCGGUGCUCGUCACUCGCCGCACGGAGAAGCGCUCCCCCGACGCGCCUCCCGCUCUCUGCUCUCCGCACCCCUCGCUCAACUGACCCCGCCGCCGCCCGCCCCGCCGCCCGCCCCCCCCUCCCUCCGCCCCUGCCCCCCCCGAGUCCGCGAAGCAGCCGCAGGAGCUCCUCAACGCCAUCCUGCCGCCGCGGGAGUGGGAGGAGGAGAACCAGCGGUGGGUGCAGGAGGUGUCCAGCGCGCCCAGCACCCGCCUGGACGUCGUCCACCUGCAGGAGCAGCUGGACCUGCGGCUGCAGCAGAGGCAGGCGCGGGAGACCGGCAUCUGCCCGGUGCGCAGGGAGCUCUACACGCAGUGCUUCGAUGAACUGAUCCGUGAAACUACAAUUAACUGUGCAGAGCGAGGACUCUUGCUGCUUCGAGUCAGGGAUGAAAUCCAAAUGACAAUUGCUGCUUACCAGACACUGUACGAGAGCAGUGUUGCGUUUGGCAUGCGGAAGGCACUACAAGCUGAGCAGGGCAAAUCUGACAUGGAAAAAAGAAUUGCAGAGCUAGAAGAGGAAAAGCGGCAGCUGGAAAGACAAGUGAGUGAACAGAAAGCUAAAUGUGAAGCCAUUGAAAAACGUGAAAGUGAAAGGCAACAGAUAGAAGAAAAGAAACACACUGAAGAGGUUCAGUUCCUGAAACGAACAAAUCAACAGCUGAAGGCCCAACUUGAAAGCAUCAUUGCACCAAACAAGUAGAUUUUUUUGCUGUUCUCCAGGCAGUGCUCAGAAGAGCUGUCAGAGCAAGAAGUUUGCAAUUAGUGACAAAGAUUUGUCUUCAUAAAGCAAUCUUGAAUUUUCACUUACCAGUAACUGAAGGCAGCGUAAUUGUAUUAUUUCUUCCUUUUUCUCUUGGAGAGUUGAAAUUCAAGAGCUUCAUUAAUUACUGCACUCUCUUUCAAUGCCACCUCAGCACUCAGCUCCUUAAAUAGUGAACCUGUCUGGGACUUGCCUGUUAGCAAUACAUUACAUGACCUUCAAAGCAGUAAACUAAUAAACAUUCUUAAAUGCAA